CGCUUCAAACUCUCCUUCCUCCUGUCCCCGCCCCCCCCCCCCGACAGGACGAGCGUUUAUCGGGGGGUUAUGAGAACGUUCCCACCGUCGAUAUCCACAUGAACCAGAUCAGCUUCGAAAAGGAAUGGCUGAAAUUCCUGAAGGACUACAUCGUUCCCGUCACGGAGAAACUCUACCCAGGAUACUAUCCCAAGGCCCAAGCUGUAAUGAACUUUGUGGUUCGGUACCGUCCAAACGAACAGCCUUCUCUCCGCCCCCACCAUGAUUCCUCCACGUUCACCAUCAACGUGGCUCUCAACAGCAAAGGACAAGACUACCAGGGGGGUGGCUGUCGAUUCCUUCGCUACAACUGCAGUGUCGAAGCCCCCCGGAAAGGGUGGUCUUUCAUGCACCCUGGGCGCCUGACGCAUUACCACGAGGGCCUGCCCACCACGCAGGGCACCAGAUACAUCAUGGUCUCUUUCGUGGACCCCUAAUCUCGAGAGGGUGUGGGAGGGAGACCUGAGUUUAUAUCACACAGGUGGAGAGGAAACUGACACCAUUAUGGCUCCAACGUGGUUAGGAUUGUGGAUUAAGCUGAAGAGCGGGUUGAGCCAAAAUGGCGGACAUCAGGCUACAGUUUCCUCAUCCCACCCUCCAUUCCUUUCGUAGGUUGAUCAGAGGCAAUUUCUAAUGGAAAAUUCCAAUCACUUAGUUUUGAGGUUGCUGUAUCAAAACGGAAUCCAAGGAAUGAAUCCGAAUCCGGAACAAGCCAGGAGAAUUCCGGAAUUCCAGAUUCCUAAUCGUGUGUGUGUGUGUUUAUUUUUUAAAUGAUCAUUAAAACUAUUUUAAUAGUAAUAUUAAUAAAGAUACUGCAGUUGUAUUUUUGGAGAAAUAUAUAUAUAUAUUUUUUUUUUGACAAUAAAAGUCCCCCCCCCCCCCCCCCAUACAUUUUAAUUUUAAAUAUAAAAACCGACUCCUUUGUGUGUUUUCCACGCCUCUUGCUUUGUAUAAUGUGUGUGUUAACUUAUUUGUAAGGUUGGGGUUAAAUUGUAAUACUUUUGAAAUAAAGAUGUCUCUUUCUAUA